AUGGAGGCUAACCGACGUCGUGUUCCAGGACAUCACGACACAUCUGGCCGAGGCGCACCAGACGAGGUCCACUUCCCAUGCCCUGACUGCGAGCAGGUCUUUAACACGUUCACGGACCUGCGCCACCACUGCUUUGUGGGGCACAUGGGCAUCGCGCAGGAGGCCCACGUGUGCACGCUUUGCUCCAAGACCUUCUCCAGCUCCUCGGCGCUCAAGGUGCACGUGGAGACCAUCCACGACCGUAAGCACAGCUAUAAGUGCGAGGAGUGCCACGAGACCUUCAACAAGAAGACCAACAUGCAGAACCACCUACGUAGGGUACACCAGGCCGCGGAGUCAAAGCGCCUGCAGUGCGACCUCUGCCGACAAGAAGUUCCUGUGUCCAGUGAGCUGCGGAAGCACGUGGAGCGCGUCCACCUGAAGUGCGCACCAGCGAGGUCCUGUGUCCCAUCUGCAGGAAGCCCUUCGGCGACUCCCGGACAUGAAGUCCACCUGAGCGCCGUGCACAACAAGGACACGCAAUACCCGUGCCCGGCCUGCUCCAUGGUGUUCUACCGCCUUAACGACCAUGGUCAACCACAAGCGGCGCAUGCACGCGGCAAGGAGGUCCGCACGCACGUGUGCCCGACCUGCUCCAAGGGCUUCUGCAGCAACAGCGACCUAAGGACGCACAUCAACGUCGUGCACCAGGAUGUGCGCAAACACGUAUGCGACGUAUGCGACAAGGCCUUCAAGGUAGCGUCGCACCUGACGUACCACAAGCGCAAGCACACAGGCGAGACGCGCCUUCCAGUGUCCGUACUGCAGCAAGGGCUUCGCGGGCCCGGCAACAUCUCGGAGCACGUCAAGAAGUGCACAAGGCGGUCUACAUCGGCGUGGCGCAGCGGAGGAAACUCAACCUGCCAGAGACGGCGUCUGGCCGCAGCGCAGAACGCCAUCCAUUUCACGGCCUCGGAACAAGCCGCCCACACUGUUGCCUCCACUCAAGCCUCCAUCCACUCCCUCGCGCCCGUGAACGCAUCCACUUCCGCCGUGUACUCCUUCAUACCAUACAUCGCCACGACAGGGCACGCCGACGUCAUCCAGGUGCCCAGCACCCAGGUUCUCACGCCCACCGACGGCUCAACCUUCCAUGCCACGCCCGCUAUCGUCGCCAGCCAAGGGGUGAUCGACCACGUUAACGCCUACAUCAAUUUCUGA